AUGGAUUAAAUUGAAAUUGAAAUAAAAGAGAUGGAUGCAUUAUAUUUUGAUAAAGAAUGUGCAAGCUAUCAUCCUUCUAAUAAUGAAUUAUUAGAAAAGGAUAUCCAUGAAUAUUAACAUUUUAAAAAUGUGAUUGCAUGCUUUUAUAAUUAUAUGAAUGAUAUGAAGGUAGAGCUUUAAAGAAUUAAAACUCAUUUUGAAACCCUUAAACCUGAAUAGAGAAAUAAUUUAUUAAUGAAUUAUUAAGAUAGAAUCAAAAAAUUUGAUUACUGCAUAAAGAAAAAUGCCAAUUUUUGUUUCUUGAUAGUAGCAGCUUAUGUAGAUAUGUUUCCAGAGAUGGAUUUAAGUCAAGUAAAAUUUGUAUCAGAGUUACCAUAUUUUCCUCAUGCUCAGCAUGGCGAUAUUUCAAAACUAAGAAUAACCUUAAAAUAAUUUUAUCGAGGUAUAAUUAUGUAAUUUAAAUCAAGAUUGGAGUAUUCAAGGAUAAGCAGAAAGAGAUUAAUCUUAUAAACCUAUUAUUGAUUGCUUAUAAAAUUAUUAUCCAGAUGCAAAAACUAGAGAUAAAAAAUAUUAGGUACUAUUACCUGGAGCAGGAUUAGGAAGGCUUGUAUUUGAAUUGGCAAGUCGAGGCUUUGCAGCAUAAGGAAAUGAAUUCUCUUAUUUUAUGCUUUUGAGUUCUCAUUUUAUUAUCAAUCUUACGUAAAAAAAAAACUAAUAUGAAUUAUAUCCUUUUGCCAAUAAUUUUUGCAAUCGAUUAAGGUAAAUUUCUGAAUUAGCUUUAGUGAGAGCGACUAAUUUGAAUUAGUGUAAAUACCUGACGUAGUUCCUGCAGAAGUUUUAACUGAAAAUGACCAAAUGUCAUUUGUAGCAGGGGAAUUUAUUACUGUAUAUCAUCAAGAAAAAUACUUUAAUUUUUGGGAUAGCAUCAUUACUUGUUUCUUCAUUGACACAGCAAAUAAUGUAUUAGAUUACAUAGACACAAUCUAUGAGAUUUUAAAGCCGAAAGGAAUUUGGAUCAAUUUUGGGCCAUUGGAGUAUCAUUUUGCUAAUUAAUUCUCAGAAACAAGCAUUGAGCUAAGUUAUGAAGAUAUAAAACAUUAUAUAAAAUAAAAAGGAUUUGAGAUUUCAUCCGAAUAAAUGUAGGAAUCAACUUAUAAUCAUUCAAAAUUAGAUUAAAAAUACUUAAUGUAUAAUUGUAUAUUUUUUAUUGCUGUAAAGAAGUGA